AAGCCAAAUAACACGUGUUUUGGUUGUGUUUAGUUAAAGUUAAACAAAUACCGUAUUUAUUUGCUGGUAUUAUACACUAAAACGAGCGUCGUGACGAUGAUAGCCGCUUGAAUAUGUUUUCACAUUGUUUCACAUUCCCUUUUUUGAAGCAAGAAGAUAGAAAUGACGAAAUGAAGAUAGAAGUGACUUCCGCAUCCGCUAAGUUUUCGAUUUCGCGGGUCAGCACGAAGAAACUUCAUGCGGUUUUGUAUUUAUAUACAGUCUAUGGGGAAGAUGACACCCACAGUACUUUCAUGAUAACUUUAAUCUUGUGUAAUAACAAGUAGUUAUUUCUUAUUGUCGCGGCAGAGCAUUAGAUACACGAGCAUGUCACUGCUGUCUGUGGUGGAGCAAGCUAUCAAGUCCUGCAAAGCUGAGCAAGCCAAGAUUAACGACAACAUUCAACUGUACAGGGAAAUAUUACAGAGCUUAACGCCACAUCCAAAGACGGACCUUGAUGAGUCAGAAUGUGCAGAUGCUGUUAUAACAGUAGCCACAUGUUUGCAUGCUGCUACCUUCACAGACACAGAUACCUCACCAAGGGAGAAAGAAGAUAUGGAAUUGCUUGAGCGAGCUCUGGACAAAGCACUUCGGGUCCGCACCGGCACCGAAUCUUCUAAAAACAGACAGACUGCACCUGGAAAAGGACCCGGCACCACAGCUGUCACAUCCAAAACGGCAACGCAGGCAUCUGAAGCCUCUAAAGGAAACACGGCAACCGCCAGAUUAACCUCUAAAUCAGCCGGUCUUGAGAAAAAGGAGCACAAAAAGUCUGGUGGGAUUGUGCAUCACCAGUCUACAAGGAAAUCACAGCAGGCUGUCUCAGCGUCUGGCUCUCUUGAUCGGGGUCAGGUACACAAGACUAUGAGAAGCAAAGUGCUGAGUGGAAAUGAUCCAAGCAAAGCUGCAGCUAUCCCCUCUCCUUCAAAUAUAUCAGAUAAACAGGAGUCUGGAGCUCACAGUUUACCUCAACACAGUGGGAAAGCUUCUGAUCAAACAGCAGAAUGGAAAUCUCUGAGGAGCAAGAAGAACAGGUUAUGGGACAAAGUGGUUGACCUACAAAGGAAACCUGUGCCUGGGAGGAGUCACUUUAUGGAGAGAAUGAGAGCGACGUUCCCAGAGGAUUGGCCAUGUGGUUGCCCAGAUCAGACCAGGGAUCUGAUCAACAGACUGACUCACCGAGGCCGUGACCUCAUCCGGCAGUGGCAGACACAGGAGUUUCUGGCCAAACAGGCACCAGAAGUGGCCUCAGAAAUGGGUGGAUACAGCAAGUCUGACUCCUCACUGACACUUGAAAGGUUGCAGAAAUCAGCAGCACAUCUCCAUGAAGUUGCACACCAAGUGAAACAAGAGUGGGAAGCAUGGGAUCGAUGGAGGCCAGAGGGAGGUUGUCUUUGCCCCACGGGGGCAGAUGGUGUGUGGGGAGACGGGAUGGUUGCCCCCCUGCCCCCGACGAUAACCUACAGGACGGAGGCAGAGCUCCGAGAGUUUGAGCAGCUGAGGACGAGGCUGGCUCUGCUGCAACAGGAGACUUCCAUAGAGCAGGCUCUGCUGGACACUCUGUCCCCCCAGCUCUCAUCUAUAGAACCUGGACCUGGAUGUCCCGACGUCACUGUGCUGAGACACAUGUACUCCCUGCUGGGGGAGGGAGGGCAGCGUUUCCCUGCCGUAGUCCUGGACUCUGAGACAGACUGACGACACAACAUAGUACACUGAGUUACCAGUUUAAAGUAUAAAAUCUGCUUUACACUUCCUCUUUACAGACUUAAGAAAAAUACAAUACUACCUCUCAGUAUAAUGUGAUCCAGUGUAAGUGAGGUUGUCACGAAACCAGAAGAUUAAACUUCGAUACAAUAAAAAAUUCAACACUUCAACACCCCCCCACCCCAUCCCCCUUUUUGGCUUCUGUACUUUUACUUUAUCACUACUAUCAAAAUGCAGAUAUUGCAUC